CUGACCUCGAACUUGCAUGUGGUACACACUCGUGCGAACGACCAACAAGAUUCCCCAGACUGGCGUACUAAACACGUAAUUGCGAGCCUUCGUCGACGUCUAAAGCCUCCGUUCGUACUCGGAGAAGCUAGUACCAGGACGCACAACGAUCAUUGGAGCCUGCCAUGCGCUUCGGCCCAAGGAACGCGUACUACUUGCGCAUAUCAGGAAACACGGUGCUGCCUCUCUACCUCUACCUUGAUGAACGACACAUCGAUUGGAUGUCAGAGCAGGUGCUCCAACAUGUGCUCUCUGACCUCCGCCCAAAGAUCCUUCCGAAACUGAAGGACGAGGCGAACACCCGCUUAGGCCCCGGCGGGCCCGCGAACGCAAAGCGGGGAACCGUCGACGUACAUCGAGGAGAGGCGUAUCAGUUCGCGUACUUCCUCGCCGAGACGAAGCAGCACUCGGUGCUCAUCAAGACGCGGGACUUCGUACCAGCCCCCGCUCCUCCGCCUGGUGCCGUCCCGCCGCCUAGACCACCCUCACCUGCCCCGCAGAACCAGAAGGGCAGGAAGCGCACGCGCGCGGCUAGGAAGACGCCAGCGCCGUCCCAGAAGACGAAGCAGCGAAAGACCAAAGGCAAGCAGCGUGCCAGGGACAGCGACGAAGACGAGCCAAUUGAAAUUUCGAGCGACGAGGAUGCCCGUCCUCCGGUACCAGAGAUUGGCGAGCCAGAGCCUCCGGUGGCGGCUCCCCGUCGGUCUGCGCGAGCCAGAAGGGCUGCAGCAGGCGGGUACCGGGAUCAGGACGAAGACGAGGAAAUACAAGAAGUUCACCAGGUGCAUGAUGUUGAUGCGGACACCGACAUGAUCGCUGCACCCGGAAGCCCGCCUGCGCAAGCACCCACGGAUCCCGCGUCUUCCGCUCUGCAGCUGGACGACUCCAAUCUGAUAGCGAUGGAGGACUCGGAGGCAACCCCAGCACUCCAGCCUGCUGUCAAGCGCGAGAACAUCGAGCCAUCAAUACCACAGACGGAGGAAGCUGAGCCCAUUGAAGAUACAAUCGCGGAACAGAUCACAGCAACGACUCCUACUGGCCAGGAUGAAGUUCAGUCGUCCCUGCGUACAGGGGUGGAAGAGGACGAAAAGAAACUCGCGUUGCGACUGCGGUACGAAGCGUACAACAUCCAGGGUCGCCAUCUGUGCGUGGUGGUCGAGCCCUAUCCACCGAUUCGUGGGCCAACACGCGCACCGUCUCUGGCACCGAUAUUCACCAACGCCCAGAGGGCACCGAGCAUCGCCCCUCCUGACUUUGUACCCAGCGGAGGCGCGGCUCAGCGCGAGAAGACCCCUCUCUUCCUCCCUGAGUAUGACAGGGAGCGGAGCGUCACACCAGCACCAGCGCUCACGAGACACCGAACCCUACCACCCGUGCCUCUGUUCAACGACACUGCAGAAGACAGUGACGGUGACGAUGGCGGAUUCAUGGAGUUCACUCAGAUCCUCAGGUCCGUCGGCCAGAACCAGGCCGGCGCAAUGGAGGACGACGAUGAGAUCGAGGGCGCCGUGUUCUUCGGCGACGCAGACGAAAAACAAGAGCUAGAAUUGUAAAAUCAUCGUACUAU